AUGCCAGCGUCCCCGCACGAACAAGUCUUGCGGUCCUUACGGAAGGUGGCGCAGGUGGACCACGCCAAGGACCCGGAGCCCGAAGAGGCCUUGAAGCUCUACUUUGCAGCUCGGCGCCUGGCACAGGAGGACCGCUGGGGAUCAUUGGGUGCUUUCCCUUUGCCAUCCGCGGACCUCGCAUGGGCGAUCCGUGGAGCCCACUUCUCCGAGGAUUUUGCUGAUUACAGCGAAGAGGUGGUUCUGCCUUUGCGUGCUGACGAGUCCAUGACCAUGGCACGCCACGAGGACCUGUGCAGAGAGCUCGGAGUGGAGGGACUCUUCUAUGCCCUUUUGGAUGCCGACGGAAGUGUCGUCCUUUACGAGCUUCAGCCCGCUAUUCUCCAGGCGCCACCAGAGCGACGACCGCUGCAUGAGCCAGCCUACGUCGAGCCGGAGAUCUUGACGUCCAUGGCCAAACAAGCAUUCGAGGAGAGGGACACGAAGGAGGGCAAGAAACCGAAAGGCAGGAAGAGGAAGAAGGAGGAGGCGAAGUCUUGA